AUGUUCAACAGUGGCAAGAUCUUCGCUGUGUGCACCGCCGUCGUGGCCGUUUCCAGUAGCGUAUAUGCUGAGAAGGAAGCUGCCGAGACCUUUGGUGGUUUACAUGGUUUCCACGGCGUGGGUAUGGGCGUAGGAGUCCCGGGUAUCGCUGGUGUCGGAGUUGGUGUGCCAGGCCUUCUCGGUGUCGGGUAUGGUGUUGGCGUUAAUGGCGUUGGGGUCGGUGUCGGCGUUCCGGGUGUUGCUGUCGUUGAUAAUGGUGCUGGAGACGGCUACUAUACGGCUAACAGAGGUGGUGCCAGCGCCGGUGCGUCAGCUAACGCCGGUGCUUCAGCAAGUGCCGGUGCCGGUGCCACUGCGAGUGCCGGUGCCGGUGCCACUGCGAGUGCCAGUGCAAGUGCUUCUGCAAAGGCCGGAGCUGGUGCCACUGAUGGGUACCGCAAGCUUCGGUCGGCGGCGUGA